CUACGAAAAACAAAGACCGGAACAAUGAAACAUCGAAGUAGCUUCACUUUAAAAUUUAUAUUCCUUGGAUUUCUUUGCAUCGAAAGCGCCAGUGCAAGUAACAAGACUGUUUCUCAAAUUCUCGACAAACUAUUGAUGAAGGGGCACUAUGAUUUGAGGCUAAGACCCAAUUAUGAUGAAUUGGACACCGUCAUACCUCAUGAAAAUAUUCAUGAUGAAGAGAGAAUAGUUUUUCGUCUUGUCACGAGCGACUUCUCAUUGGACAUCUUUUUUCGUCAAGCCUGGAGAGAUGAGCGUCUCGAUCAUGGCCUCAACAAAACCAUGUUUCUUAGUAAUUUUGUGUUGGACCGCAUCUGGAUGCCAGAUACUUACUUUGUGAACGCAAAACACGGAUCGUUCCACAAAGUGACGAAAGAAAAUGUAAUGAUUAUGAUCAUGCCUGGAGGAAUUGUACACUACAAUGCCAGAAUCACAAUUAAAGCAGCCUGCCCUAUGGAUCUAAGAAAGUUUCCGAUGGACACUCAACACUGUCCUUUGACAAUUGAGAGUUACGGUUACAGUGCUGACCACAUCAGAUUUAGAUGGGAACAGGACCUCACUGAUGGGAUGUCAUUUGUUCCCGCCAAAUUGAAAAUGUUGCCCCAAUACAAUUUAGUCGAGCUGAGCUUGACAAAGGAUUUUAACAAAUACGUUGUUGGAAACUGGUCCUUCAUAAAGGCGAUAUUUACAUUUCAACGAAUGUCCAGUUAUUUCUUCGUCCACGUGUAUGCACCAUGUGCAUUGAUCGUUAUCAUUUCUUGGAUCUCUUUUGUGCUGCCACGCACUUCUCCUCCUGCGCGUGUCACCCUGGGAGUUACUGCUGUCCUUACUGAAGUUACCAUCCUAAAUAUGCUCAACAACUCUAUGCCAAAGGUAAACUAUACAAAAACCAUCGACAAGUACCUCAUCGGGUGUUUUCUGUUCGUGUUUGCCUCAUUGGGAGAGUAUUCAAUUGUGUUAUUUUUGGCAUCCAGAAUGAAAAAAUAUCAGAAAAUUCAAGAGUUAGAAAAGAGUAACCACAAACCCAAUAACAAAGACGCCUCUGAUGAUAACAAGGAAUGGAGAAACGGAGACGGGGUUAUAAACCGAAGAGGCAAUCCAGACAAGAUAUGCAGCACACAGUUAGAAAUGAUGGAAUUCGCAAAAAUGGAGCAAGAACUGAUGAUAAAUGAUCAUCAUGAGGUUAAAGCUGCGCGAAGCAAAUGGCUGAGCCUCACGAAUUGGAAGAACCGUUUGUACACAGAGCAAGCUGUUUUAGCUGUCGAUGAACUGUCUUUGAUAGUGUUUCCCAUCAGCUUUGGCAUAUUUAACACCGUUUAUUGGAUGGCUGUAGCACGCGAUAUGUAACUGCAGGUCAGUUUAAAGUAAACAUUAAUUAUGAGCGCAGCUCACACGCAGGAGUUCCUUUUCGGCAAAGGUUUAACGAGCCGUUUGUCCAAAAGUUUUUUUUCCAUACGUUUCUUAGGUUUUAACGCACGCGAUUACAAUUUAUGCCAAGUUCGGCACAUGAUGAAUUCGGCGUCUCAAUCAAAGCCUUUACAAAGUUACAAUUUCAGAUCAAGCGGGGCGAGAAGAACGGUUAGGCUGUUCCAAAUUGAAAAAGCAUUUGUUAGUGAUUCAAACGCGGAACUAAGCAUGUACUUACAUGAGGAAAAUGCUCUAGAAAUCAUCUUUAGGUAAUGUUUAUUUCCACUGUGACGCUAGUUGUAAAAUAUAUACUACUUCUUCCGUUGUGGGAUUCCAACGAGUAACAUAACCGUUCGAAGAUUGUAUCACUGUUUCAUCAUGAUUACAAACGCCGUCAUUUUGAAAACGACUCAAUAACCUGGCCGUAUACAAAAAACGAAAACAGCCAGUGCUCUGGACAUCACAAACCAAAGACAAACGAAUACGCCAAUAAAAUAAUCAUUUUAUACAGGAAUGUAUCAUUGGAAAGCUCCUGAUAAUUCCAGAAAGAUCGCAAAACAUAGCAAAAAGACGAGUAAAAUCACGCACCUCUAAGGUCAGCGGCCAGGUUGCUAAGUAAAACUCAAAAUGGCGACGUUCGUUGUCGAAAUGUUUAUAGCAUUCAGUUUGAAGACAAUUUUUGAAACGUUAGGUUACGGUUUGGAAUCUUAAAUAGCAGUCUGUGCCAGACUAACGAUUUAAGUCUGGCUUCGAAAACAGUCUUAAAAGAUAUAAAGCGACAACAUAAUCAUGCAUGGACUAAAGUGCUACGUGCACAAUUAAGUUUCUAACCGAGAUAUGAACCCUAAGAUUUAUCAAAUACUUUGUUGGGAGUUGGUCUGGAGCAAACAGUACAUGAAUUAGAGUGACCAAAGUUUCUGGAGAGUUAAAUUUAUCAGUGUCUGUAUCAGAGAGACUUUUUCAUCAUUUGAAAGGAGAGUGCCAUAGAGUGAGUCUUGCUGAGACCUUCCUCGAUAAAGAAUUGACUUUCAAUUACACUUUAGGUGAUUCCUCAGUAUUGCAUUGCGUAUCCUUCACUGUGCAUAAAAUCACGUAAUCAGGCGAAUAAGCGCUCGCGCAUUCCGAGAACACGGUAUUGUCUUUCAAAUUAUGUAUGAAAUUGUUCCUUACGCUCCAGACUUUCUACCUAUCAAGUUUUUUCAAGUAUUACUCUAAAAACUCUUGCUUCCAUCUACUGCACAAUGUACCGUUAACCGAUGACAUGACGCGCAUGAUUAGUGCCAUUACAUGCAUAAACGGGGUAAGUUUGGCCCAUCAUAUCUCUUAAACAAACACAGUGACCUAUCUUUUUAUCAAAUUUUUCGAAACAUACAUUUGUAGGGAACAAUUAUAGAUGGUAAAAGGAAAGUUGAACGAAAUUGUUCGACAACUUUUUUUUCUGAGGGAACCAUUUAACUGUAAAUUAUAUAAUAUAAGGUAUAGUAUCAAAUUGUAAACACAAUUUAUUUUGCAUGGAAAUGAUAUUUGUCCAAGAUAAAGAGAAUAAUAAAUGCUUUGGUUGGAA